UGCACUGAGAUAAUAUUUCGUACGCAGGCAAAAGAAGUCCACCGUCCAAACUUGAAAGUUGCGUUUUUAUGGUUUAUUUAUCCAGUUUGGCAAGCAAUAAUAGGAUCCAUUUUUUGUUACUUCCUGCUGCUUCUCCUGCUCUGGUAAAAAAAACAUAGGCCCACCCCAGUGCAUGCUGGUCCUAUACCAGUCUCUCUAUUUAUAGAAACAAAAUGGCCCUACAGCUCUUACUGACUAAUUUAACAAAGUAACAUCAAACAAACAAAACAUUGAAACAAAAUAUUAACCUGUCUGUGAAGGUUCUCAGUCAUCCAGGUCAUCGUAGUCAAAGGAAUUUGCAAAGAAAGUCCAGACGCUUUUCUUUGCAAAAUAUUAACCUACAAAUAAACUUGAAAAUAAACCCCAAAAUAUAAGUAAACUAACAACAAACUUUAACUAAUUUCAAAAUAAUAAAAAAUAAGAACAAAUAGCUCCAACAAUUGUUUUUCAGUGAAAUGAAUGUGUGUCGUGAAAGAAGCUGGUGACCUAACAGCUUACUGCACACCCGAGGAAGCACUUGGACAGAUACUUUCAAAAUAAAACAUUUAAAUAUUUUAAUAGAUGAACCAUUCCUGCACUGCAACGGAAUUCAACAGUUGAUUCAAAACUGGUGAAGCUAGCGCUGAUACAAACCUAUCACCUUCCUGCUGCUGCUGCUGCUUUAUAUUAAAAGCUUCACAGCGCCAAACAAGCUGGAGGCUUUUUUUGUGAAGUGCGGACAGAACUCGUUAGGAACUUUUGCAAACGUGGUGGAAAUUAACAGAGGUAUGUGGCAACCUACCGAAACACUUGUUUUAUAACGUUUCUUCACCAUUAUUUUUGAGCGUUUACUGAAAUGUUGGCAGCAAAAGCUUGGAUCCAAGGAUGCAUCCUGCUGGUGUUACUCACGUUAUGUGGACAAACUGCUCACUGGCAUAAUCAACACAAAGACUCUGCAUAUCAUAAAGAACUAAGACUCAUCCUGGUUGGUAAAACAGGAUCAGGAAAUAGUGCGUCUGGAAACACCAUUCUGGGGGAUUCAAACGCUUUCAAAGAGGACAUGUCACCUGAGUCUGUUACUGACGGCUGUCUCAGAAAAGAGGUAGAAAAAAGUGGAAGAAAAAUUGUUGUGAUUGACACUCCAGGGCUGUUUGACACAACCCAAACACAAGAUGAAGUGAAAGCAAAAAUUGAGGAGUGCAUUGAACAGUCAGUCCCUGGACCCCAUGCUUUCCUUUUAGUCAUCAGCCUGAAGUCAAGGUUCACACAAGAGGAACAGGAUGCUGUGAGGUGGAUUGAAGAUAACUUUGGUUCAGAGGCUUCCAUAUACAGCAUAGUUCUGUUUACACAUGGUGACCUGCUGCAGGAUAAAUCAGUGGAAGACUAUGUAAAAGAAAGUAAACAUCUACAAAGACUGAUAAACAAGUGUGGAGGAAGGUACCAUUCACUCAUCAAUAAGCAGAAAGAAAGCAGAAAACAAGUCAAAAAUCUUCUAGAUAAAAUAGAGGAAGUGGUGGAAUUUAAUGGAGGAAGUCACUACACCAAUGAGAUGUAUGAGACAGCCCAGAAGAGACUUGAAGAAGAAAGGGAAAAGAGGAGGAAGGAGGAAGUGCAAAGAAAAAGGGAAGAAGAGGAGAGGAUUAAAUUAAACGAGAGGCGUAAAAUGAUAUUGUAUACCUCUGCAGCACUUUUGGGUGCAGGGCUGUUUUAUACCUCACCUCUUCUCAUGGCAGUAGCUUCAGGACAUGGCUUUAAUUGCAUAAUAAGUAUGCUUACUUGGGCCUUACACCUUUACAAAACAAAAAGGCCAAUAUAUAAUGGGUAACACACUGGGCAUCAAAUCCUUGUCAUCUGGGAUUAGGUGGUUUUAAAUUAUGUUUCAAUUCACUUUAUAUUUACUUUAUGUUACAUUUAUUUCUAAUCUUAUAUGUGACAAUUUAAGAAUAUGUGAAACAACUGUGAAACAGAUUUGUAGAUAUAUUAAUAUUCUAAAUUCAUUGCACCGUAACAAUGUACCACAGUAGAACCAUCCUCAUUUAGUUCAGUUCAGAUUUAUAGUGCCAAUUCAAAACCACAUUUUCCUCCAGGUGGUGUAUAUUUUAAGGCAGUGUUUCCCAACCAUUUGGAGCCACUGCACAUAUUUCACAUUAGAAAAAUCACACGGCACACCACCAAACAAAUAUGUAAUUUUUCUCUGCACACCAGACAUAGUGAAAUUGGCUCGAUUUGUCCCCAAUAUACCUUUUUUUUUUUUUUUUUUUUUUUGCUUUCUUCUGACCACUCAUGCUAGGACCUUCAUCUGAUUUGGAAUUUUUUCCAGGACCCAGGUCAGAUUGACUACUUUUUUUUUUUUCCUUCAAAUUUUCAUCUAUUGCUACUGCGUGCUGCGUUGUCUCACUUGCAGCAUGUAAUUUCUUCGUCUUCUUCAGUUUUACUGGAAGUUGCAACCCAUUUAAUUGGAGCAAGAAGUUUUACUGCCCUUUAGUGGAAGAGAAUGUAAUUGUUCUGCCUGUUACUCACUGUUAGAGCAGCGGUCCCCGACCCCAGACCCCACAAUAAUGGAGAAAAAACAGAGACAACACCAACAAUCUGAUGACCCCCAUAAGCAAGCUUUUUGGCUACAGUGCGAAAGGAAAACUCAAUUUUAACAGCAAGAAACCUCCAGCAGACUGUUGGACCGUUUCCUAACACAAGAAUUUAUGGCCCUGUUUUUUCUCUAGGAGAGUCAACCUUAAAGUUUUGUACCUUCUGUCCCCCUCUCCCAAAUUCCUCAGAGAAGAGGUCUUAAGUUUCUUUUCUCUUGUUAUUUCAGUUAUAUUUGCAUGUUUGAAAUAAAAUUCUAUCUAUCUUG